AUGGCUACCAGUGCAGAACCGAGAGCCCGAAAAGGGCAAGGGCCUAAACCCAAGUCCAAUCCUAGGGAUCAGCCUCUUGAGGAAGACAUCAUUUCAUUUGCAACAGAACAUGUCACUGGUGGUUGGAGAGAAGGCAUGGAUCCCAAGGUCGACUACUCUGGACAUUUCGAGUUUGGUGGAUCUCUUGGAUGCUUAGCUCUUAUGAUCGGUUUUCCAUUACUCAUGUUCUAUAUGUGGAUCGGUGCGACAUAUUACGACGGCAAACUUCCGCUGCCAGAACCUGGUCAGACAUGGUCUGCCUUUGGAAGCCACUUGGUAACGCUGGUCUAUACGGGUGCAUUUCCUCAUGCCAGAGCCUGGCGCAUCUGCUGGACGUACUACAUCUUCGAAGCUGCCUGCUAUAUAUUCAUGCCUGGGAUUACGUGCUACGGCAAACCGCUUGCGCAUCUGGGAGGCAAGCAGUUGAAAUACCACUGCUCUGCUUAUACGAGUUUCUACUUCACAAUUUUUGUCAUGGCUGUGCUGCAUGGCACUGGCAUAUUCCCCAUUUACACAUUCUUGGAUGAAUUUGGGCCAUUGCUGUCGGUUUCCAUCCUUUCAGGAUUCAUUGUGAGCUUUUUAACCUACAUUUCGGCGUUUGCUCGAGGCGCCCAGCAUCGCAUAACUGGAUACCCUAUCUACGAUUUCUUUAUGGGUGCAGAGUUGAACCCGCGUUUAUUUGGGGUUCUCGAUCUCAAAAUGUUCUACGAAGUUCGUAUUCCAUGGUUCAUUCUAUUUGGUCUCAGCUGUGCAGCAGCUGCUCGUCAGUAUGAACAGUAUGGCUACGUCUCUGGCGAAGUGCUUUUUCUGGUCAUGGCACAUUACUCCUAUGCGAAUGCAUGUUCCAAGGCAGAGCAUCUUAUCACAACGACAUGGGACAUGUACCAGGAAAAGCUUGGCUUCAUGCUCACCUUCUGGAACCUGGCUGGUGUGCCUAUGUCAUACUGCCACUGCACUUUAUAUCUCGCGAAUCACCAUCCCUCUGAGUACGCAUGGAACAAAUACGCGCUGGCAGCAUUUUUCCUGUCCUACUUGUUUGUGUACUGGGUCUGGGAUACUGCUAAUUGUCACAAGAACUCCUUUCGCAUGAUGGAACGUGGCACUUGGGUAAAACGCAAGACUUUUCCUCAGCUACCUUGGCAAGAGGUCCACAACCCGAAGACCAUUGUUUCUGAAAAAGGGGAUACUAUUCUUGUAGACGGAUGGUAUGGGCUCGCACGCAAGGUCCACUACACCUGUGACAUGUUCUUUGCAUUCUCCUGGGCCCUGAUCACGGGCUUUGACAGUCCAUUCCCCUGGUUCUAUCCGGUAUUCUUCAGUAUCAUGAUCGUUCAUAGAACCAUGCGAGAUAUCAACAAAUGUCGAUAUAAGUAUGGUGCUGCAUGGGCCGAAUAUGAGAAACAGGUUCCCUAUCUCUUUAUUCCAGUGAGUUACCGUAAGGGCUUGAAGACGCAGUGGUCCUGCUAA